AUGAUCAAGGUUAUUUGCAAUGACUGUCUGGGGAAGAAGGUGCAUGUUAAAUAUAACACCAGUGACACCACUGGGGACCUUAAGAAACUGUUUGCAGCCCAAACUGACACCCAUUGGAACAAGACUGUCCUGAAGAAGUGGUACGUGGUUUUUAAGGACCAUGUGUCUCUGGGGGACUAUAAAAUCCAUGAUGAGAUAAACCUGGGAUGA